AGCGUUAUUUGUUGAAUUUCUCUAAUGCAGCAAAAGUACAUCUUAAUGUUUUUAAGGAAAUUGAUCAUUUUGUCAAAGAAACUUUUUCUGCUGUUCAAAGGAGUGCAAAGUAGUCUUGAGAACACUUUGAUUGACUUCGCAGCUGAACAGGGAUCAAAGAGUGACCAAACAACUUCAUCUGGAGACACCACUACACUAAUAAAACGGAUGCUACCAAAAUUUGAACAAUUUUUCAUACGUUGCUUAUGGAGAGAUGAUAAUUGCCUUGAUGCAUUGCAUUGGACUCAGCAACAAACUACCUCAAUAUUCUGUCAUAAACUUACUCUUACAAAUGCAUUUGUUCAUGGACCCUACGAGCGCCUUCAAAUCAGCUUCAUGAUCGACCCAGUAUCUGCUAGCGUCACUGGCAGAAAUGACUUGCAGGUGGAAAUUUAUUUCGUUAUGCCUGGUAGUCACUUCUCGGUCAAAGAUCAUAAUAUAAUGACUAAAAUUGGUCCGGGGUAUUCUCACAAUAUUGGACUCGAAUUGUUCCAAUACGCUGACAACUCGGGAACAACAGAUUGUCUCAAUGAGGGUACACGAGGGGUCCUUAAGUAUAGUGAGGAAUAUACUUACCCUCUAUGCAUAGGUGAAUGCAUUACUCUGAAAGAGCAAAUGAGUUGUGAUUGUAAUAUGCUGAGGUAUGCAAGAGCCGAUGAUAAAAUACGAAUCUGUGGUUUAUUGGACAUGGUCGUUUGCCCUUUCGACAGUGGCGAGGCAUUGGGUGAAUGCAGUAUGGAGUGCCGUCCUCAAUGCGAUUUCAAGUCAUACCAUAUAAAAACGCAGUCAACUAAAUUUCCAUCACGCGAAUCGUAUGCCAGAAUGCGACAAUUGAAUCCAAUUCUCUCUAAUUUUUCAGAGGAGUACUGGCGACGAAAUGCAUUUGACGUCAGCAUUCAAAUUCAGGGCUCUGACCAAAAUCAGUCGAUGAUUUCAACUGAGAUUACAGUGAGCCUCAAGUUCUCAUUCCUGGACAUCAUCAGUGCAUUUGGCGGACUCGGAGGAAUAUUCAUUGGUGCGAGUUUGCCCUCUAUUUCAAGGAAUGACGGCGAAACCUCCAAGGGCACUGCUCCAGGUACUGUUGGCAACGAAGUGACAAACACUAUUGAUGAAGAUACCUCGGAAGUCACCGGCCAGUUGCCAAUUGGUGCGUCAGCUGCGUCAAUUAGGAUGGUACCACUUCCCCAGUGCGUGCCUGCGAUUGAUCUUGUCAACUGGAUCCAGUCAGACUGGUUUACUGGUCAACAAGGGGCCUUGUUAGUUCUAUCGGCUGAAUCCAUCAAAGGGUUCAAAAGCCAACAGGCGGAUAGUUACCAGUUUCACAGCCGAAUGUAUGGGGACAGUUUCAUUGACGAAAUUCUGAAGGAAUAA